UUAAAGAUUCGCGCGCAGACGAUUUUCGAACUAGUGUUGUAAUUGAAAAUUCCAUACAUUUGUUUCGCUAUGUUCGUUUAAAACUUACAUGCAAUUUAACGAACAUAAUCUAGUUUCAUGAUGACGUUGUGACAAACAUAUAUCAUGUGAUCGAAUUGGAUGGUGACGAAAUUGAAGAGUGCCCCUCAAACGUUUAAUGUUCAGAGAGAAUGUUAAAGAUAUUUCGCAGAGCUUUUCCCAGGCCAUUACGCCAAACUGGCAUGCGCUUCCUUUCGGAAGAGUGAACGUCAUAUACAUUACAAAAGACGGCGUCGAACACAAAGUCCGAGGAAAGGUUGGUGACAAUCUCUUGCACCUGGCUCAUCGGCAUGGGAUAGAAAUGGAGGGCGCCUGCGACGCUUCGCUGGCGUGCACAACGUGUCACGUUUACGUGCUAGGUGACUUCUACCACAAAGUUCCAGCGGCCACGGAAAAAGAAGAUGAUCUUCUGGAUCUUGCUCCUUUCCUUAAGGAAAACUCUAGGUUAGGAUGUCAGGUCAUUUUAACCAAAGAGCUGGACGGAAUCCGCCUCCAGCUGCCGAUGGGGACACGGAAUUUCUAUGUGGACGGUCAUGUGCCUCAGCCACAUUGAGUUACUAAACUUCAUAGUAGUAUAAACUGCUAUGGUCAAUGUAUAAUAUAGCAAAGGAAACUAGGUAAAGUACAGGAUAUAGAUGGAAAGUGCCGAGUAAAGCAAAUCUUCGAAAGGAAAUCCGGUAAAAGUGUUUACAUAUGGACAUGAAAAUAAAAAAGGUAUU